AUGGCCUCCAGCGGGGUCCCGGUGGGCGCUGCCGGCUCGGCAAACGAAAGCCCCGAAAUUCCGGACAACGUGGGAGAUUGGCUCCGAGGCGUCUACCGCUUUGCCACCGAUAGGAAUGACUUCCGGAGGAACUUGAUCCUCAAUUUGGGACUCUUCGCUGCAGGAGUUUGGCUGGCCAGGAACUUGAGUGACAUUGAUCUCAUGGCACCUCAGCCAGGGGUGUAGCCAAUAGACACACGAAAUUCCUACAUUGUACCCAAACCUUCCAAAACCAGAACCUACAGUCUGUGACCAGCACAAGAUAUGCUCUGAUGGCAACUGAAGUUGAUUCCCAGGGGUCUUUCCUCUUCUCUUCCCUGCAGGAACUGCAUUCUCUGCUUAGCAGCCGGCUUCAGCUGGUGUUGCCUCUGUUCUGUAAAGUUCUGUACAUAGCCUGUGUCUGUAGAGGGCAACCGCUGCUAUGUCCUAAGGAGCACUAACUGUGUUUUAACAAAUAUUUGUAAUAAAGACUCUUCAGGAAGACAGCAUUUUAUUCUUUUAAUAAGAAACUUCUGCUUACAAAACAAGGUUAAAAAGUCAAAAUUUACAAAAAUCAUAAAAACAUGAUUUAUAUUUCACACUCGAGACAGGAACAAGCGCCAAACAUGGAUUGUAAUGGAGGUGGUUUGCCUCAUUUUAAAAGAAAAAAAGAAAUAGACACUGGGACCACCCACAUUACAC